AUGGCAAGAAAAUCACUAACAUCACAACAAACAACAAGUAAUAACAAUAACAAUAGUAAUAGUAAUAAUCAGAAUCAAACAUUAAAAACGAUAUGUGAAAUAUUCAAAGAGACAGUUGGAGAAGCAUCAGAACUGGGAUUGAAAUCAACGUUUACAUCAUCGUUUAUUCAAUUGGAUAAAGCUUUGAUGCGAUCAAGAGAUGCAAAUGAAUUUGCAGAAUCAUUUAUCUAUCCAAUCAAACUAUAUCUCUGUUGUCCAAGUUCAAAAGAUUCAAAAACAACUGCAACUUGCAGAUUUAUAUCAAAAUAUUUAGUUUAUCUUUAUAAUUCAUCAUCUUCUUCUAUAUCAACAUCUUCACAAUCAACAACAACAAAUAAUAAUACUGCUAAUAAUAAUAAUAAUAAUAAUAACAAAAACAUUGAAUUGAUUAAACAAAAAAAGAGACAAUCUAAGGAUGCAGUUUUAUCAUUUCUAUAUACUGUAUUGGAUUCCAAAGAAACUGUAGUUAGACAUAGAUCACUUCAAUUAUUAAAUAAUAUAUUAUCAGAUCCUGAUACUAAAACAGAAUUAUUUGAUAUUGAUAAAAAAUCAAAUUAUAUGGAUAUAAAAUCAAUAUUGGAUACAAGAUGUAUAGAUAAAAAUGUGAAUAUUCGGUUGUCUGCAGUCAAUGUAACGGUUAAAUACUAUAUGAACAAAAAGGAUCAGUCCUACUUUGAAGAAGUGCUCGAAAUGAUGGACAGUGAUUCAGUUUGGAAUAUUAGAAACACGUUGCUCAAGCAGAUUGUUCCCUUUGCAGUGGCUGUUAAAUUUGAUACAUUGGAUUUGAUUCAACAUGUUAUUCGUCGUACCAAAGACAUUAAACUAGAGGUCAGAUCGACAGCCUACAACAUCCUAAGCAAAUGGUACAAGAUGGAUGACUUUACAAGCGAACAAAUUAUUGAAGUGAUCAGUCAAGGAUUAAACGACCCUGAACCAAAGGUCAAAGAAGCUUCACUCGAUCUUCUCACUAGUUGGCUCAACAAACUCAAAUCAGAGAAUCCCAAUCACUACCUAUACAUCUAUCUCGAAAAGAUCGAUGUCGUCGAGAAUGGGCCAUUCCUCGAACGAUCGUUAUUGGCAGUCUAUGAAAAGGCUGGUUUGGAUGAUUUCGCCCUACGACUCUGCCGAAAAGACAUUACCAACGAACAGGCAUUCCACCACAAGUUGACAGUACACCAUUUGACCUCGGUGUCCGUACCAAAUGCCUCAAAAUACUUAUUGAUGGAGCGAUUGGACGAGCUACUACCAACACUCACCGAAUAUCGUGAUAUAUUGCUUGCACAUUUAGGAGAGUUUUAUGUGCUUGGACAACUACUAGAAGCUUUGCAAAGCUUGGACUUUGGUGACGAAGUCGGUCGUACAAAUAUGGAAGUAUUUCUACUACAAAUAUUACGAGUUGUUAAAUGCCAAGGUGUGGACGAAUCAUCGGCUGAAAAAGAAUUUCAACUCAUCAAACAAACUCUAUCUUGUCUUUCAUUGGUUAUUGGAAUAGAAAGAACUUUUAUAUUGCAAAUGGUAGAGUUGCUAUCUGAUCUACUUGACCCAUUAGAAGUCGAUCCAAACAUUACCAAAUUGGAAGAGUUGGAAGCGAUUGACAAGAAAAGUAUCAAAAACAAAAAGGAAUGGCAAACCAUUCAAACUCAAAUCAAUCAACUCAAACAAAUCAUUCAAAGUAGUAAAACACAAGCCAUUUUAAAAUGCUCCAUCAUUACUCAUUACCUAUUGCUCAAUGCAAAGAAAUUCUCAAAUUCACCAGAAAUCGAUGGUCUCUUGCAAUUGGUCAUUCUACCAAGUAUUCAACAUCCACUACCAAAUCUACGUAAAUUAGGUGUUCAAAAUCUUGGUAUUUUUUGUUUACAUAGACGUAAUGCAGCAUUAAAUUAUUUAAAUUUAUUUGAAAAGAUUUUAGAAACUGAUACACCUGAAAUUCAACUAGCUUGUUUAAGGGUUGUAUUUGAUAUUAUAUUGGUAUUUGGAUCACCCAAAACCAUUCCAAAAGAAACUGUACCACUUUACAAAAUGAUUCGAAAAUAUUCACAAGUUUCAACCAAUGAUGAAACAAAAAUUAUUUGUAUUGAAGGUUUUGUUAAAUUAUUAUAUUCUGGUAUUGUUCAAGAUCAAAAGUACGUUGCCUAUUUUAAAAUCGGUCGUACAGUCGGUCAAGGGAUCGAAUUAUGCGCUGAUCAAUUUGAUUGA